AAAUGAGUUUAAGUUAAGUAAGAUAAUCUUAUCUACAUGUAAGGCAGGUCGUUAAGCAAUAAAUCCAAUAACAGGAGAAUCUAGAUUUUAAGCACCAGAUUAUCGUCGCUCAUAAGAAGUAAAGAAUGAACCAACAAGAACAGCCGAAUCAAGGAGAAACUUUGCAAAUACUUCUGUGCCUGUUGAGAAUUUUGAACAAAGUUAGCUAUAAAUGGAUAGAUUAGCUCAAUUAUAGGAUUAAGUGUAAAUGCUGGAAAAGUAACUUACAUAAGAAGUUAAAAGAAAUUCAAAGAUGUUAGUUGAAUUGGAAAGAGAAGUAAGAACAAGAGGAUAAAUGGGAGAUGUAUAAAUGAAAUAAUGA